AUGCUAAGAUACCCGCAACCUUUGGGAUGUAUGCGUGGUGGAGAGGGGCUCAGUGAUAUGAGAUCACUUCUUUUAAGGGAAACUGUCAUUAAUGAGUCAAGAAACUGCUCAUUUAUGAUAAUUAGCACCAUGGAGCCUCAGGUGUCGAAUGGCCCUACUUCCAAUACAACCAAUGGACCCUCCAGCAACAGUAGAAACUGCCCUUCCCCCAUGCAGACAGGGGCUGCUACAGAUGACAGCAAAACCAACCUCAUAGUCAACUAUUUACCCCAGAACAUGACCCAGGAGGAGUUCAGGAGUCUCUUUGGGAGCAUUGGUGAAAUCGAAUCCUGCAAGCUUGUGAGAGACAAAAUUACAGGGCAGAGUUUAGGGUAUGGAUUCGUUAACUAUAUUGAUCCAAAGGAUGCAGAGAAAGCCAUUAACACUUUAAAUGGACUCAGACUCCAGACCAAAACCAUAAAGGUGUCAUAUGCCCGUCCAAGUUCAGCAUCGAUCAGAGAUGCGAACUUGUAUGUCAGCGGCCUUCCGAAAACAAUGACCCAGAAAGAAUUAGAGCAGUUAUUCUCACAAUAUGGGCGCAUCAUCACCUCACGGAUUCUGGUUGAUCAAGUCACAGGGGUUUCUCGAGGUGUGGGAUUUAUCCGUUUUGAUAAGAGAAUAGAGGCAGAAGAAGCCAUAAAGGGACUAAAUGGCCAGAAGCCUAGUGGUGCUACAGAACCAAUUACUGUGAAGUUUGCCAAUAACCCCAGCCAGAAAACAAGCCAGGCACUCCUUUCACAGCUGUAUCAGUCUCCCAACAGACGCUACCCUGGACCACUUCACCACCAGGCUCAGAGAUUCAGGCUGGACAAUUUGCUUAAUAUGGCCUAUGGCGUAAAGAGACCCCUCUUUUUACUUGGUAGGUUUUCUCCGAUCACAAUUGAUGGUAUGACAAGCCUUGUCGGAAUGAAUAUCCCUGGUCACACUGGGACUGGAUGGUGCAUCUUCGUCUACAACUUGUCUCCCGACUCAGAUGAGAGCGUGCUGUGGCAGUUGUUUGGCCCCUUCGGAGCAGUCAAUAAUGUCAAGGUGAUCCGUGAUUUCAACACCAACAAGUGCAAGGGAUUUGGCUUUGUCACCAUGACCAACUACGACGAAGCUGCCAUGGCGAUUGCCAGCCUUAAUGGAUACCGUUUAGGAGACAGAGUAUUGCAAGUUUCCUUUAAAACCAAUAAAACCCACAAAUCCUGAAUUUCAUAUCCUUACUUACUAAAAUAUAUAUAUAUAUAAAUAUAUAUACGAACAAAACAAAAAAAACUCUUCAAGGCUUAUAUUCAACCAUGGACUUUAUAAGCCAGUGUUGCCUAAGUAUUAAAACAUUGGAUAUCCUGUGAGGAACAGGAAAGGAUUUUAUAAUGCUUAGAAAAAAAAAACCUUUGAUGCAUUGAAUGUUCUUUCAUAGCUGUCGUUGUUGAAUAUAAUAUACAUAGAUAACAAUGUGCAGGGAUUUUUACCCGGCCAGCUAGUUUUACUACCUUCCUUGAAGGUGGGUCUUUUUAAGAUGACCAUUCACUCAUUUGAAAAAAUAAUAAAACAAAAACAAUUUUUACAAACUAAUGGGAUUAAAA